CACUCUCAAACACUCUCUUCUCACGGUCUCAUCAUUCACCCCCGCCGACCGCCACAUCCUACCCCCUCAGCCCCUCACCGCCAACGCUAAGAUCCUCCCCUUUCACUCUCGACGUCACCGCUCACUACAGCAGUGAGUCGUCGCGCCCUUGAGUCGUCGCCGUCUUCCAGUGUUCGCCAUUUUCGCCGGUCUUCGCGUCUGCGCCUCUUCUUCGUUUUCGCCAACAGCUGCUCUGCUCUCCGAGAUGGGUGAGGAGGUGAAAGCAAUUGUUCCCGAGUCUGUGCUUAAGAAGCAGAAGAGGGAGGAGGAAUGGGCCUUGAAGAAAAAGGAGGAGCUUAAUGCUGCAAAGAAGAAGAGAGCUGAGAGCCGCAAGCUCAUUUACAGCAGGGCAAAGCAAUAUGCAAAGGAAUACCAGGAGCAGGAAAAGGAGCUGAUCCAAUUGAAGCGGGAAGCAAAGCUGAAAGGUGGAUUCUAUGUUGAUCCAGAGGCUAAACUCCUGUUUAUCAUCCGCAUCCGUGGUAUCAAUGCCAUGGACCCCAAGUCAAGAAAGAUCUUGCAGUUGUUGAGGUUGAGACAGAUCUUCAAUGGUGUGUUCCUAAAAGUUAAUAAGGCCACAAUGAACAUGCUUCACAGGGUUGAACCAUAUGUGACCUAUGGAUACCCAAAUCUGAAGAGUGUAAAAGAGCUUAUUUACAAGAGGGGAUUUGGUAAGUUGAACAAGCAGAGAAUUGCCCUAACCGACAACUCCAUAAUUGAGAAGGCACUGGGCGAACAUGGAAUUAUCUGCAUCGAAGAUCUUAUCCAUGAGAUCAUAACAGUUGGUUCCCAUUUCAAGGAAGCAAACAACUUCCUUUGGCCAUUUAAGCUCAAGGCUCCAUUGGGUGGCUUGAAGAAGAAGAGGAACCACUAUGUUGAAGGAGGAGAUGCCGGAAACAGGGAGAACUACAUCAAUGAGCUUAUUAGGAGAAUGAAUUAAUUUUGUGGAUGAGAUUCUGAGUUGGAGUUGAUGAUUGAUUUUAUCGGUGGUUGUAAAUUUUGUUAAUUGUGUGUUCUGGGUUGGGGGUUGUUGGUGAUGUGAUUCUGAAUUUACUUUGGAUGCUGACAAUGAAUUCUUUGUUUUGAGUAUGGAUUCU